UAUGUCCUAAGAACAUGAUUUAGAUGAUAUAGCUGAACAAUAAUUAGCAGAAUAAACUGCUCUAAGCUAGAUUCCCUCAAUUCCAGAUCAAGCAUUACCAACUAGAUAAUAUUUAGAGAAAGCAGUUAUAGAUCAACUAUAAGGUAGAUUUAUUGAAUUAAACUUAAGAUGCUUUAAAGGCUUUAGCAAGGGAGAGACCCAAAAAUCCUAUCGAAUUUUUUUCAUAUUAUUUGUUGACUCAGCAUUGCAACAAAAAGAAAGAAUUAUAAGAAUCAUGAAA